AGCGAGUCGCUUCUCCGUCUCCGUUUCCCAUACAUACACUCUCACACACACACACACACGCACACACACUCGCAUACUUAUUAUAUUGUCCGUGGUCGUGGUCGACGUCGUCGUCGUCGUCGUCGCUGCUGCUGUCGCUGUCGUCGUCGCCUGCCACGUUGCUUUGCGUUGCGUUGCGUUGUGUCGAACUCCUGUCGUCGUCGCCGCUCAGUCGAGGUCGUGGUCUCGCAUGAAGCGGUCGACAAAGUCGCAUCCUCCAUAUUUCUCUCUCAGUCUCAGUCUCAGUCAGCUAUAGUCGAACGAAACAAACAAAUAAAUGAACACACACGUUCUUCUCGUUUCUCGUUUUGGCAAUCGCAUCUUCAACACUCGACGUCCGGUUCUUGUUUUUUGUUUUGUUACCUCUUCAGUCAGUGCCACGUGCCACGUGCCACGACGUUCUGUUAUUGUCUGUUGAGUCUGUUGAAUCCGCGCAAAGGCAAAAUAAUACAAAUAAUAAUACAAAUCUACAAAAUAAAUAAUUAAAUCGCAUCGCGUUUAGGCCGCGGCCAGCUCCAAAGAUCGCAAUCGCCGCAUCGAUUGUUCGUUUUGCAUUUUUUUUGGGUGCAUCUCACAUCAACAACAAUUUUUUUUUCGGUGCAAUCCUUAACCUGAAGUUUUGGAGCAGUGGCUAAAUUGAAUGAAUAUUGAAUGCGAAACGAAGUGCACACACAACUCGAGUGGCUCCCAUCAAUAAAUCAAUGUGCUAGCAAUAAUUUUACAUGCAUAUAUAUUUAUAUCAAAAAUAAAGAGAAGGAGAAGGAAAGAGGGAAGUGCAAUAAGAAAGAAAUUUCUAAAUCAAAUUCUAUUUUCAAAUUGAAUUUUAAAUGCAGAUAGAGAAGGAGUUCGAAAACAAAACCGACAAUAUUUGCCAACAAAAUCGAAAUACGAAAUCGAAGUAGUGACAACAAAAAGUAAUCAAAACUUGCUAAAGCAGACGACGACAAAGAACAAAAAAAAAAACAGACAAACACAUAAAUAAAUAAAUAAAACGGAAGCGCAGCAGCUCUCGACGACAACCAAAAAAAAAAGUGAUAGAAAAAGGCAGCGAAAGAACAAGAACAAAACUAAGCAGAGCGUCUCAUGCAUAAUAUAUGUGUGUGUUGUUGCAUGCAACAACAACAACAACAACUCGCAACAACUCGCAGCAAUUGAAGAGCAAUCAAUCAUCGAGUGGCCCGACAACCGAUAACCGAUAACCGAUCAAAAAGCAAACGAAAACCGCUGACAGACAGACAAGCUUGUAAAAACGUCAAGGUCAACGACCGACCAGAGGAGAUGCCACAAAUGUGUUGCAUGCAAACACCUUCUUGCUGCUAAGACGAUUCCAUAGAAAUUUUCUCCUCACACACACACACACACACACACACGUUUCUCUCUCGAUUUCCGCCCGCCAAAAAAAAAAGGAAUUCUCGAAUUUUUAUUCGUCUCUGCUUUAUUUUUGUUGAUAAAUGGCAGAGCCAAAAAAUUUUGCGGCAAGCCAAAAGUAAAAGUUUCCGCCAAGAGAGCGACAGAGAGAGAGAAGGUGGCACAGAUAAGGACAACAACACAAUAAUAAAAGCAGUGCAACAACCAGAACCGUCCCAUCAAGCGCAGAAGUGGCAUUAGCAAGCGUCAGCAGACUUUCAUAAAAAGCCAACACACAAGCAACAAAAAAACAACCAACCAAAAGGGAGGAAAAACCGAGGAAAAAAAAAAACGAAAACAAUUGCCGUAGAAAAUUGUUUUCGUACGUUUCGCUGUUGUUGGUCAUUCUCAACUGCUGCCAACAAGCGUAUCUCCGGCUCGAGUGUUGUUUUUAAUUUUUCCUUCUUUGGCUGCUGAUUAUCGAUUGCGCCCUUCGUCGACCGUCUGAUCGAUGCGCCAUAUGUCUAGCUAAAGUGCCAGAGAGAGACGGAAGAGGUUGGCCGUCGCAUGCCGCAUGCCACAGGUUGAGGUUGAGGUUGAGGCUGCAAAAAGAUUUUGAGAGCCUGACAACAACAAUUAAAUGGCCAUCGAUCGAGCUGCUGACUGCAUGGAUUGAAUUUGCCACCCAAAAGCGGAACAACAAACACCACACAAGUUGCCACACACAAACAAAGUGUUAGAGAGAGAAAGAGAGAGUGAGUGGAAAACCAAAAGACAAAUAGAGAAAGAAGAGAAAGAAAAAAACAACAAAAUGAGAAUGAGUUCAACGCAGAAGACGCACACAUCGACAACGGGCAGCAGCUGCUGCUGUAGCGGCUUCAGCUGCUGGCGGCUGACCUUUGCCCUCGGAUUCCUUAUGCUAAUCAUGCUGCCAGCCUGCUCAGCUGGUCCGCAUGAGAAGCGUUUGCUUCACGCACUGCUGGACAACUACAACAGCCUGGAGCGUCCCGUGGUCAACGAAUCCGAUCCAUUGCAAUUGAGCUUUGGCCUUACUCUAAUGCAAAUCAUCGAUGUGGAUGAAAAAAAUCAGUUGCUCAUCACAAAUAUUUGGCUGAAAUUGGAAUGGAAUGAUAUGAAUCUGCGUUGGAAUUCAAGUGAAUUUGGCGGCGUUCGCGAUUUGCGUAUACCACCGCAUCGUUUAUGGAAACCGGAUGUGCUCAUGUAUAACAGUGCGGACGAGGGAUUCGAUGGCACCUACGCCACCAACGUGGUGGUACGUAACAAUGGCAGUUGCCUUUACGUGCCGCCCGGCAUCUUUAAGUCAACGUGCAAAAUUGACAUCACCUGGUUCCCCUUCGACGAUCAGCGUUGCGAAAUGAAGUUCGGCUCCUGGACCUACGAUGGCUUUCAGUUGGAUUUGCAAUUGCAAGAUGAGGCUGGUGGCGACAUCUCAAGUUUCAUAACCAACGGCGAAUGGGACUUGUUAGGUGUGCCCGGUAAACGUAAUGAAAUCUACUAUAAUUGCUGCCCAGAACCUUAUAUUGACAUAACAUUCGCCAUUUUGAUACGACGCAAAACUUUAUACUAUUUUUUCAAUUUGAUUGUGCCGUGCGUAUUGAUCGCCUCGAUGGCACUGCUAGGUUUUACACUGCCACCAGAUUCUGGUGAGAAGCUAUCGCUUGGAGUUACUAUUUUACUAUCGCUCACAGUCUUCCUGAAUAUGGUCGCGGAAACGAUGCCAGCGACAUCCGAUGCCGUGCCGCUGCUCGGAACUUAUUUCAAUUGCAUUAUGUUUAUGGUGGCCUCAUCAGUUGUGUCAACCAUACUUAUCCUCAAUUAUCAUCAUAGAAAUCCAGAUACGCAUGAAAUGAGUGAAUGGAUAAGAGUAAUAUUCCUUUAUUGGUUACCUUGCAUAUUGCGCAUGCAAAGACCCGGACAGGUUGGCUACGAAUGCCCGCCGCCGCCCUCGUCGUCGGGCUCAUCGAACGCUGGCGACAAAAAGCAACAGAUCCAAAACGUUGAGCUCAAGGAAAGAUCUUCGAAAUCGCUGCUCGCCAAUGUGCUCGACAUUGAUGACGACUUCCGAUGCAAUCAUCGCUGCGCCAGCGCCACAUUGCCCCAUCAGCCCACAUACUAUCGGACAAUGUUUAGGCAAGGCGACGAUGGCAGCGUCGGUCCGGUGGGUCCAGUUGGUCCUGUUGCCGCCGUUGCCGAUGCACGAAUGCACGAGGCCAUCUCGCACACCUGUCUCGGCUCCUCGGCGGAAUACGAACUGGCGCUGAUACUCAAGGAGCUGCGUUGGAUAACCGAUCAGCUGAAAAAAGAGGAUGAGACAGGCGACAUAACGCGAGACUGGAAAUUUGCGGCAAUGGUCGUGGAUCGCUUGUGCCUUAUUAUUUUCACGCUUUUCACCAUUAUAGCCACGUUGGCGGUGUUGUUUUCGGCGCCACAUUUCAUUUUCCCAUAAAUGGCUUCACACUUAACUGUCAACGAUCUACUCCAAUCUCAAUACUUCACUUCAAGUCGUACAAAAUAUUGUUUCUACUUUUGUAAAAGAAAACAAACAACAACAAAGCAGAAAAACAAAAAAACGAAAAAAAAGAAUGUAAAACACACACAAUAAUGAUCAAAACCCGAAAAAAUGUAAAGAAUACAUAAACAAGUAAAUGCUUUUCAACUUCAACUUCUCUCAAAAACCAAAAAUUAACUUAAACCUUAUACUUAUAUUUUACUUUCAUCAAUAAAAAUAUGAAAAAUUGACUUUUUCAACAAAUUGUACGACAGUUUGUUUUUGAUUUAUUCCGAAUCUUCUCGCCUUUCGUUUCGUUUUUCGUUUUCGACACAAAAAUUAUUGUAAAAUAAUUAAUUUUCCUAAUUUGUUCAACAGUUUUUCCUCAACUUCAAGUUGGUUUCUUGUUGGUAUGAUUUUGAUUUUUUAGUAUGUAAAAUAGUGUAUACAAAUAUGUUGCUGUGAUAGAAAAAUGAAUGAACAAAACGUAAACCAGUCACAAUAAAAUUUCAAAUUCAAUGUGAACAAGCCACAAACACAAACACAAACACAUACACCCAUACAUUCACACACACACAUACACACACAGACAACACUCACACAGACAUACACAUGCACAGUCAACUUAUAUCUUAUAUAUAUAUAUUUAUUUUUUAUUAUAAACUGAACAACGCUCUGUAAAAACUUCUGAACGAUGUUCCGAAAUUUAAAGUGUUCCGAUUCCGAAUGCAGUUCAUAAAAAGUCGCACCUGAUUAUGUAUAUCUAUCUAUUCACACACAUUCGAUAACUUAUAUGUCACGUUCCGAAUUCCAAUUUCACCGCAAAUGCGAAAUUGUGGCGAAUUCGAAAAGCGGAACAGCACAAAUGCAAAAACCUGAUUAUGUAUAUCAUCUAUUCACGUAUUUGAUAACUUAUAUGUAUAGAUCACGUUCCGAAAUACAAUUUCACUGCAAGUGGCGAAAUUGUGGCGAUUUUGAAAAGCGGAACAGCACAAAUAGAAUAUAUAUAUGUAUGUGUUCGGUAUCGACUUAUUUAAGAUUUCCACAAGCACAAUUUGCACCGCAUUCAAUUCAAUUUCAAUUUUAAUGACGUACGAAAAACGAAAACUGAAUUCCAAACACAAUUCGUUUCGAUAUUGUUAAAAUUAUGUUAUGAAUACUGAAAACCAAAAAGAAACUGAACAACUGAAUACAGAAUACAGAAAACAGAAAACAGAAAACAGAAAAACAACAUGGCCAAAAGAAACAAAAAACAAGAAAACAAAACCACAACAGAAGAAAAACCGAAGAAACCAAAAAACAAAAGCUUAACAACAAAACGGAAAUGAAACGCAACGCAAAGAAAUGAAAUGAAAUGAUAUGGAAAUGAAACAGCUAAGUAUUGUAUUGUAGUAGCAAAAACGAUGAGAAAAAGAUCAAAGCGAUGUAAGCGAAUGAUUCUAGAAGUCGAAAACAAAGUAUAAAGUUAACUAUUUUUAAAUAUUAUAUAUAUACAUAUAUAUAUAUAAAUAUAUACAUAUAUAAACGAGUCGAAAAUAAAAAUAUAUAUAUAUAUUAACGGAAUGUAGCGGAAUGAAACAGAAACAAAAUGGAAAUGAAAUUUGCAAAAUGAAAAUCCAAGUAAUGCUUAUAAAAUAAAAACAACACACAAAUUUGAACCACAAAAAAACAAAAAAGAAAACACAAAAAAACCAAAUCACACAUAAAAAGUAAAUAAAUUAUUAUAAUUAAUAACAGUACAUUUAGACGUAAGUGUUAGAUAAAGCAUUAGAGCGAAAGGUUAGUCAAAUAUACAUAUACAUAUGACAAUUACUUAAGCAUACACACAUACACACAAUAUUAUAUAUAUACAUACAUAUAUACCAUACACACACACAUAUAUAUAUAUAUAUAUAAAUAUAGAAUCUAAUGAAUUUUUAAACGAAAAACAAAUUUCAAAACAAAGAACAGCAAAAAGUUAACAGCAAAUUCGUGCGUAGCGUAAAACAAACAACAACAACAACAAAAACAACAUUAACAACAAAUGUAUUCAGACUACAGACAAAGAACAAAAACAAAUAUUAAUAACUGAAAAACCAAAAAAAAAACAAAUAAGUUUAAAAACAAUACACACAACAAAUUUUCGUUUUUUUUUUUUUGAGUUAGUAAAGAGAAAUAGACAAUUUGUAUGUAUUUUGCUUUGCAUAAGGCUUAUAACACAUGAUAUAGGGGCAAAACAAAAAAAAGAAAAACCCUUUCAGACAGACAGAAAUCCAAGAGAAACAAGAAACAAAAACAAAGAAAAAAAAACAAUUACGCUGUAAACGAAUUAUAAUUUCUUGUGUCACAUUGACAUGCUUCUUAUAUAAUCAAGUACUAAGUAUUAGCUAUACACCAUAUACAUAUAUAUAUACUAUAUAUACUAUAUAGAUUAGAUCGGCAAAUCAAACUUGAUAGUUCAGUGUUUGUUUUUGUGUUUUUUUUUUCUAGCCACGUAAGCUAUACAAUAAUAACUGUAUUUUUCUAGUGAAAGCAAAACACACACACACACAUAAAAAUAGUAAUGAAAUUGGAAAAAAACUAUAUGUGUACAUUAAAUUAGGCAGCCAGAAAUAAACUCAAUACAAAUCAAAUGCAGCUGCAAAAUCCAAACACCAAACAAACAAAUUUAAAAAAAAAAGCUACUAAGGGCUAUGCACAAAAGCAAAGGUCUUCCUUAAUCUUAAAAACAAAACAAAAAAAAAAACAAAACAAAAAACGAAACCAAAAAACAAUCUGCAAAAAAAAAAAAAAAAAUUAAAACACAUAAAUCAAUUACUUACUAUAUACAUAUUAUACUUAAACCAAGCAUUAAACACAA